AGAGCCAGAAAAAGAUAUUGAAGAAGAAGUUGAAGUUUCUAUCAUUGGCAAUUAUAAAGCAUUAGCAGCACUUGAAAAAAUAAUUAUGUAUGUUGAACAAAAAGCUGAAAAAAUUCAAUUUUAA